AUGGAGAGUCAGACAUUAAGUCUUAGGGAUAAAUUAGACAAGUCCGACGACCUAAUAAGAAAAUGUAUUUCAAAGGCUGUACUUUGCAUUCUCCUCUCAAGAGUAGAUGUAGUAACCCAAAAAAAGAUAAACAAGAAUUUCCACAUUGAAACAGAGGAAUCAGAAUCAAUACAAAAGAUGUUGGAUAGCGUAGUAUUUGCGAGAAGUGGUAUCAAGACACUCUUUUUAUUGGAUAUACACUUUGAUGAGAAUAAUGAAUUGUUGGGAUUCAAUACAAUAGUAGAAUCUUGGAGAUUUAUAUUUGAACCAUUUAAGGAACCAGAUACAAGUUAUGAAUUACCAAAACUAUACAAGAAUGCAAUUUUAUUUGUUCGAACAUUAUAUUCAUUGUUGAGGAAUCUUCCAUGUUAUCGUGUAUAUAGAAACUUUUUAAAGAAUAGAUCGUCACCUUCAAAGAUUAAAUAUCAAAUUAGAACUUGUGAUCCUUCAACUAUCAACUCUCCUUCUUUUCCAUUAUCGACACCAACCAAAUCAUUUUCAUUUUCAACGAUAACGACACCUCUGGGUAUUUUCAAGGUUGACACCUCAUACAAGGACAAUCUUUCAAGAGAAAUAUCGAUUAGUUCACAAUUGGCACUAGAUUCUCAAUUUAUCAUUAAAGAUUACAAGAAUAAUACAAAUGAUUAUUAUGGUGGUGGACAACAACAACAACAGCAACAACAGCAACAAGGUGGAAUGGUAGUAGUUGGAAGUGCAAAUGGAAUAGAGUAUACACAAUCACAAUCUUUGCCAAUUGGAAAACCUACCAACAAUCCCAUUUCAGCUGCACCUCUCUAUCCACAACAACAGUCCUAUGGAAGUCAAGGACGUUCAUUGGGUGGUAUGAUGGAUAUGUAUAGUCGAACACCAAACUCUGCAGGUUCAAAUGACUCAAAUCAAGAGUAUUAUAUGAACAAUAUCCCAUCAAAUAUAAACAAUAUGAAUAAUCCCAAUAAUCCAAAUAAUCCAAACAAUGUAUAUUUUGUAAAAAAACAACAAUCUCCAAGUACAACCAUAAAUCAACUAGUAUCAUCUCCUCAUCAAUCACAAACUUAUUCUACAUCUCCACCAUUUUCCACUAAUAAUAAUAAUAAUAUGAAUUUUAACAAUAAUAAUAAUAAUAAUAAUAAUAAUAAUACAAAUAUUAAAACUGGAACAUCUCCACCAUUUUCUUCUUCUCUACCAUUACAACAACAACAACAACAACAUUUCAAUCAAAACAAUAGAUACCCUCAACAACCUCCACUUCAACCUCCAUCAUCCACCAUCCCAAUUAAACAAAUUAAUUUUACUCCACCUCAACAAUUAUCACCAAAUAAUAAUAAUAAUAACUAUCAAUCAGGAUCACCAAUGGGACAAUUACAACAACAACAACAACAACAACCUCAACCAUACCAAACGAAUACACAUAGAAAUAGAAGUACAUCUGCACCAGUUUUUGCACCACAAGGACUAUAUCAAUCACCAACCAAUACAAAUACACAUCAGCUAGCUCAAUCCAACAAGACACCACCAUUUUAUCAACAGGUUGGAUUUGAUAACAGUCCCCAAACACUUCAAUAUGAAGGAGUAGGAGGAUCAUUUGCAAACAAUUCAAAGUAUAAUAAUAAUAAUAGUAGAAUAGGAACCAUCAAUAGUAAACUAAGUCAAAUUCAUGGACCUUUAUUAGUUUCCGAUGCUCGUAAAGCUCAUACCUUUACCAACAAUCCCAACAACAAUAAUAAUAACCUAUCAUCAGCAUCUGGAUCUGGGGGUGGUGGUGGUGGAUUCAAUGACGAAGAACCAGCAUUUGUAUCAUCGAUAGCAUCCAAUACCAAAACCAUUGAUAGUGAGGUUGGAGAUUUUGUUCGUCUAUGUAAGAUUGGACCACCUCUCAAACUUUUUGAUAACAAUUACUGUACUGAAGCUCCACUCAAAGUUGAUCAAGAAAUAAUAGAACUUUCAAAGCUAUCUCUUACAAACAACAACAACAACAACAAUAAUAGUAGUAGUAAUCAACAUCAACAACAACAACCUCAACAACAAUAUUCACGUUAA